AAAUGGCGGACGUGUCUUUGGAUGAAGUGAUUCGACAACGCGGAAUAAACGUGAAUAAACGAUGAACCAGGCGUGUUUGGGAGCUUGCUGGCUAAUCGUGAAACCAUGUUUGGACGGGGUGCAGGAGGGGUUGGCAAGACUUUUGAUGCCCGUCAAAGGAUUGGCAUGAAUGAUGCUCGGCAACGACUUGGAGGAGGAUCAGGUUUUCCAUUGCAAGAUGCCAGAGAGAAGCUGGUUCAGAAAGAUGCUCGCUUUAAAAUCCGUGGCAGGGGUGGAGCAGCAGCAGCAGGAGUUCAGGAUGCUCGUCAGAUGAUCAACUCCCGUAAACAGCAACAGAAUGUGUUAACUGUGCCUGUCCAGAUGUCCCAAAAGACAGCUGUGACACACCAACUGCAGAGCCACACACUUGUGCCACAGAUUAAGAUUCAAGCUACCAACAACUUUGCAGGUGUGAACACAAGGCUGUUUGCCUCAAACAUGCAAGGAUUGAGUGGUAGGGGCGACACGGUCGGCCAUCUUAACAAUAGAAUGGCAGAUGCUCGUGACAGGCUGAGCCUGAAGAGGAGCAUGAGUAGUAGACCGCAAAACCAGGCAUCCGCUCUAUUGCCUCUCAAAAUUACCAAGACCAUUCAGCAACGCCCAGUCGGGGUUCUAGGCGGAAUGCGUCUUCAUUCACAGCCUGUCUCAAAUGAUCAUGAUUGUACCCCAAGUAAACAAAUAAAAAUGACUACUUCUAACAAAAUGCUACAAUCACGGGAUGGUCCAGUAGGCUCCCCCUUCUCCAUGUCAGCACCAAUAACUAAGGUUGUUAAAAAUGAUGCUUACUCAGCCCCUCGUCCUCCCAUCCCCGUUGCCCCCACCCGGCCCACCACUAGCACGGCAACCCCUCGGCCUGCCACCGCAGCAUUGAAGCCUGUUUCUAGGACUCUCCAGCACAGCUCAACUCAGCCCAGCCCAGCGCCUCCUCCCCCUCAGCCUGUUUUCAGUCCUUUGGAAGGAACAAAAAUAACAGUGAAUAACUUGCAUCCCCGUGUCACUGAGGAAGACAUAGUGGAGCUGUUUUGCGUGUGCGGUGCCUUGAAGCGAGCGCGCCUGGUGAAGGUAGGCGUAGCUGAAGUGGUAUUUGUCCGCAAAGAGGAUGCUGUGAGUGCAUACAGGAAGUACAACAACCGGUGCCUGGAUGGUCAGCCCAUGAAGUGUAACAUUCACAUUCAGGGAAAUGUCAUCACUUCUGAUCAGCCCAUUCUCUUGCGCCUUAGCGACACCCCGGGCGCAGUCAGCGGAGCCAAGAAAGAUGGUCUUCCUCCCUCCUUGUCACGUUCUGCAAGCCAGCGAACUUCCCAGCCAACCCCUGAGGUGGACCCUCAGACGAUCCUGAAAGCUCUGUUUAAGUCCACCGCGCAGUCCUCUAACACUGAGUCCCCCAGCUCACAGGCCACUGCCUUCCGCAUCAAAAUCUAGGUUGUUUCUCAUACCUGUUCUUAAACAUAUUGAUACAUCGUCAGCGGUUUUCAUCUGGACAGCCCAACACACACACACCUCCCCCCAACACAACACAGACACACACACGCGCGCGAUUUUACACAUUCAUUGCUACUCGGUUAUACGCACCUUCAUGUUUUUGAUCUGCUAUGUCCCAUGUUCUCCCAAGAUAUACCAGUUGAAACAAGUUUGAGUUUUUCCCUCCUAUGCCAACGAAAUUGGUUAUCGUGUUUGUAAUACUACAAAUUGGUACCAAUGUGUUUAAUCCACUCAUACAGUUGUUCAUUUAUGCCGUCUUUAAACCUAUUUUGGAGCUGUUUAGUUGUAAUGAGUUUAUAGUUUCAACAGAAAAUAAAAUAAUCCAAACAAUUUUAUUACAUGGGACAAAAAGGUUGCCUUCCUUACUGUAUACACGAUAAGGGGUAUUUUAGACCGAUAAAUAAAAUCACCAGAGGGAUGGUCCAAAUCCAAAGUUUACUUUUUAUGUAAACCAAUUUCACUCAGUCAUGAUUUUUUUUGUUUGUUUGUUGUUGUUAAUUAUGUGACAUUCAUCCUUUUGAUGUUUGACUGGCUUUAAUUUGUUGUUCCCUCCAGUAUGUUACUCAGUUUUAUUUUUACUGUAAAUGACUUAUUAUUUUGAUUUGUCAAUUAGAAAAAGACUAUAAAGGUCAGAUAUUGUCCUUAAAAUGUCAUUAAAAAUGUAGCUUUGUAGA